AUGGCAGCCGCACUACCAAGCCAAGCACAGUCGGCGCGUCAACUCUACAGUUACGUGGUUCAACCGCAGUUGUACAGCGACCACCACCAUGCAGAUCGCCAAAACACGCCAGAAGGGCCCAUCUCGAUUGCCUUCACAAGGUCAAGCCGGCGGACCAUCCACACCAACAAUGACCUGGUCAAGGGCGUAGUCCAUGUCAAGGCGCGGCUGCAGAUCAAGCGCGUCAACAUCCAGUUCAUCGGCAAGACGACAUGUCGCAUUUCCAACGACCGCAACCCGGCGAAUCCACACGUGGCCGAAGUCGAGCUCUUCCGCCACGACAAGACGCUGUCACGGAGCGCGACACGCAGUGCGACCUGCCCUUCUUCGCGCGUAGAGUAUCCCUUUGAAUUCCGGUUUCCAGAGGCCGUCGAGGCCAAACCCAGGCCGCAAAACGAAGCGCCAUAUCAGCCAGACGCCCUCUUUGCACAUGAAAAGGGCCAUCCGCUUCCGCCGUCGCUGUGGUGGCAUGAAAGCACCAUUUGCAACGAGUACUAUCUGAGAGCCGAAUACGUCGCCGAGCAAACAUCAUUUACGUUGAACCCCGUGGUGGUACAGCAACUCCGCUUCAGCCCGUCGGUCCCAGAGCUCGACAUCACCAGCCGACCACCUCUUCUCCCCGCGCCACCCAUACGCUUGGAGCGCAAAUCGCGCCCAUCGACGCCGGAACCAAGCAUCAGAGAGCGGCGUGCGUCGCUCAGACGCCUGACGACGGGACUGCGCGGGGGCAGCAGUGAAAAACACGACGACGCAACAGCAACGUCGCUCCUGGUGCUACGGGCGCCGGCGCAUUACCGCGUGGGCGCCAGCAGCACGCUCAAAAUCUCGCUGCAGGCCACGCUGAGCGACAGCUUCGAUCAGCAGCCGGCGCCCGUGUACCUCCGCGGGAUCCGCGCCCAAGUCAGCGCCCAUAUUGCCUUUCGCGUGCCGCUGGCCUCGGCGUCCAGCGGCCAAGUCACCCACGCCAGCAUGGAAAAGUUCGAUCUGUUCAACCAGCGCUACAGCAAGCCCGGCGUGCAAAUCACACAAGACACGCUACUCGACGACCUGCACAUUGCCAACAUUGUGCCCCCGACCUUUACGACAUAUGCGGUUGCGCUGCACUACGACGUCAAGUACAACCUGUUGCUGGACUGUGCGGGCAAAGAGUCGGAGCAUGAGGUUGAAAUGAAAAACGUUCGUAUCGAGCCCAUGACCAGGCCUGGGGGUCAGCUGGGGCCGCCCGAGGAGCCACCGCCGCCAAUGAGAGAGGGAGAGCAUUAUGUAGCCCAGGAAAUGUUGAGGCGCGAGGGUGCUGAUGGACAUGUAGCUGAGCACGAUCUUCCACCUGCGUAUUCCAGGUAA